UGGGUUGUUCUGUUUGUGCGGUUGGUUGGACUCCCCCUCCCCCUCUCGCCGUCGCACGCCGUUGCCGCGCCCCACGACUUCCGCCCCCUCCACCCACCUCCCCCUACAUAUACGCGCCGGCCACAACCUCGUGCCGCACCGCCUACUUUCCUAGCCGCUCUGCCCGCCGCCCGCCGCGCACCUGCUUGCUUUCUUGGUUGGUGGGAUUCGGCCGGCCCGGGUUCCGCCGCCGCUCGGCUCGAUCUUGUACUGCGUCGCCGGCGGCCCUGUCUCCCCUGCCCGGCUCAGCGGCCGCGCCGGAGGCGAGGGGGAUCGGCUACCUCCCCAGCAAUCCAGCUUCCUCCUCCGCCUCUGAUUCCAGGCUUUCAUUUUGUUCUGCGUAUGGUGCGGCGCAACUCCAUCAGCAUGAUCUCUGGACGAUGAGUAGCAGUCCUCGCUCGCAACUGUCCACCCCCUGUGGUUGCGUUCUUGUACUGGAUCAUGGCGAAAUUCCCAGCUGUCAGUCGCAGCGUGUUUAGAUUUACGAAUGAAACCAUGAGGAUCGUUAUGGUAACGGUUAUCGGAGUGGUCCUUGGCUUCUUCAUCGGAAUUUCAUUCCCGUCGGUGAGCAUAACGAAGCUACACUUCCCAUCCAGCUUUGUUUCGUACAUAGAGGAGAGGAACUCUGGGCUCACGACCCAAGCUUUGCUUAAUCAUGCCUGGAAUUCUGUCAGAAAUGCAAGGGAGAACACUUCCGAACCAAAUACAAACACUACUUUAAAGAUUUAUGUCCCGACAAACCCCAGGGGUGCAGAGAGGCUAGCGCCAGGCAUUGUUGUGCCAGAUACCGACUUCCAUCUGCGCAGGUUGUGGGGAGACCCAAGUGAGGACCUGCCAUUCAAACCAAAGUACCUUGUGACUUUCACUGUUGGAUAUGCACAGAAAGAAAAUAUAAACAGAGCAGUGAAGAAGUUUUCUGACAAUUUCGCUAUCCUGUUAUUCCACUAUGAUGGUCGUGUGACCGAAUGGGACGAAUUUGAGUGGUCAAAGCGAGCCAUCCAUAUCAGUGUCAGCAAACAAACUAAAUGGUGGUAUGCCAAAAGAUUCUUGCACCCUGAUAUUGUGGCAGCUUACGAGUACAUAUUCAUCUGGGAUGAAGACCUUGGGGUGGAUCAUUUCAACGCAGAGGAGUACAUCAAACUUGUUAAGAAAAAUGGUCUGGAUAUCUCCCAGCCCGGCUUAGAACCUGACCGAGGACUAACUUGGCAGAUGACCAAAAGAAGAGGUGACCGAGAGGUCCACAAGGAGACGGAGGAAAGGCCAGGCUGGUGUGCUGACCCUCAUCUUCCACCUUGUGCUGCGUUUGUUGAAAUAAUGGCUCCAGUCUUCUCAAGGGAGGCAUGGCGAUGCGUAUGGCAUAUGAUUCAGAAUGAUUUGGUUCAUGGAUGGGGCCUCGACUUCGCCCUCAGGAAGUGCGUAGAGCCUGCUCAUGAGAAGAUCGGAGUCGUCGAUUCCCAGUGGAUCGUUCACCAGGUGGUUCCUUCUCUCGGGAACCAGGGCAAGGCAGAGGGCGGGAAGCCGGCGUGGGAAGGGGUGAGGGCACGGUGCCGGAAGGAGUGGGGCAUGUUCCAGACGAGGUUGGCGGAUGCCGAGAAGGCCUACUACAAGAUGAUGGGCAUCACCCCUCCAAACUCCACACUUGUCUAGCUUAGCUGAUGGCUCGUCUCGGUCCUCCUCGUCUCCAUGUUUUCUCUCGGUGGAUGACAUGACAAGCCCUGACUCCUCUACUCGGAUGAUGGAGAUGAUGAUGACGAUGACGAUGACGACGAUGAUGAAUGUAUAGGUUUUAGAUGCAUGUAGAGUACAUGAUGGUGUUAUGUAUGAACCAACAUUACAGUGCAGUUGUCGACCCACAGUCCUUUCUGACUGUCAAUCUCAUGAGAGAAUUGGCUCGAGAAUUUCGAGGAACCUUGUCUUUUUCGGAGUGUACCUGCAUAUAUGAUCCUAUAUAUAAUACUACUGAACCAGAUUGCAUGAUA